UAAAACACAGCCUGUAUAUGUGUAAACGUCCCUGUCCUCUCACCCGGAUGUUGCUCUUCACAGCAGCACGUUGAUGAAAGACCCGAACCACUUGAAAAUGGAGCUGAACGCGGAGAAGACGAGUUCACGGGCGCUGCUGUCAUGUGGUGGUGGAGCAGGUCUCAGUGAGACUCUUCUCCUCAAGCCAAAGGCUGACCGGUCCCUGCAGACAGAGAGAGUCCCAAAAAGCAGUGUGUUGGAGCGGCUGCACAGCUUCCUGCCUCAGAUGGCUGCAGCUAACGAGAAGCUGAAGCAGCAGAUGGAGGAAGCUCCUGCUGGACACUUUGACAUAGAGUGCGUGGAGGAGGCACAGAGAGUCAUCGAGAUGGAUGUUGCACUGGUGGAGCUCAGUGGUUCAGACGCUGACUCUGAGGAUGAAGAAGAUUUUUUUAACUCUGAGGAGGAAUCGGACUCUUAUGAUGAGCAAGAGAUCACAGAGGAGAACCUUAAACUACCUGGAGACAAAAGCAAGAAGAAGAAAGCUAUCAUCCAGGUUCUGGACCAGCAGGGGGCAUAAACAAGUCAGCCAGAUUCUUGACUUCAUAUCGAGUUUAUUUUCCCCCUGAGGAGAUGUUGGUGUGACAGAAACUUUGCCAAAGGAGUCAGGGUCUUUUUAAGCUUCCCAGACACAGACAGUAAACAUGAAACUCUUUCUUGGAAGCAGACAUGAGUCAUCGCUCUGUGAGCGACACUAAAUGUUAUUUUGAAAGAAUGAGGACACAGUUUCAAUAUUGCCUUGUCAUCGUGUCUGGACAGCAGCUGAUCAUGCAACCUUUAAUUAAGUGUUAAGGUGUAACACGGGGAAUCAUCUGUGUGUACAAAUUCAGUUCAGGCACAGUUACAAUGUUCUAAAGGUCACUACGAAAAAGGUGAAAAUAAAGCCUGUGUACAAGUAUUCUGAGGAAUUUAUCUUCAAUUUGAAAGGAUGUUUUUACUUUUAGUAAAUGUACACUUGUUGAAUUUGUCUGAUAAGUCAUUAAGUUUAAACUGCUUACAAUGUUGAAGGCAAUACUCUCUGGCAAAUUUUUAUUUGGGCCACCUUUCUACUACAGAUUGGGACCCUCUCUUUCCCUCUGAACAGCAUGAAUUCCGGGUGACAUGAAAACGUUUCUAAGAAAUCUUGCUCCACGUCCCAAAUGUGUUCCACUGGAUUUACAUCUGAUAACAGGAGAGGUCACUGAAGUUCUCUGAAUAUUUGUUGGUGGAAGCAGCUUGAGCUGUAUGUUUUGUGACAUGGAUCAUUAUCAUGCUGGAAGGAGGCACAUGGUAAUGUCAAAACUCUGCCACAAUGCCCCUCUCUGAUUGUUCAUAAUCCCAUCACAGUCCAGCACUGAUGUCUUGUUGGAGUGGGUGUUGAGGUCCUGGUGGUCUCGCUCUGUGAGAGCUUGGUCUUGGUACUGAGCUCACAGAAAUAGGAGAGAGGUCUGAACUUAGCCCCCCUGAUAGAGAGAGGUUAUGGUUUCCCUGUGCUGAACCCCUGUUUCUGUUAUUCAGCUCAUCCUGACUUAAAUGUUAUAUAAAUGGAGUGAAAAAAAUAAAAGAAAGUUCUGUCUAUAUUAUAUUAUGCUAUACAAUACUGGCUUUAGAAAGCUAUACAAUGCAGCACAAAAUGAUCAUAAAUCGAAUAAAUUCUUUUGACACAAA